AUGACCGACCCGAACCCAAACCUCCCGGCCCGAAAAAUCCCCGGCGACUACGGUCCCCCUUUCUUCGGGCCCAUCCGCGACCGCUUCCGCUACUUCUACACCGAGGGCGAGGCCCACUUCUUCCGGGCCCGAAUGCAAAAACACAACUCCACCGUAUUCCGCACCAACAUGCCGCCGGGCCCAUUCAUGGCCCGCGACCCACGCGUCAUAUGCCUCCUCGACGCCCUCAGCUUCCGCACCCUCUUCGACAACUCCCGAGUCGAAAAACGCGACGUGCUCGACGGCACCUUCGUCCCCUCCACUUCCUUCACGGGCCGGGCCCGGGCCUGCGCCUACCUCGACCCGUCCGAGCCCAAGCACGCCCUCCUCAAGGCCUUCUUCCUCGACCUCCUCGCAAAAAGCCACCACAAAAUCGUCCCGUUGUUCCGCGAGUCGCUCGUCGGGCUUUUCUCGGGCCUCGAGGCCCGCGUCUCGUCCGGCGGGCCCUCGGGCUUCAACGACCUAAGCGACUCCAUCUCGUUCGAAUUCGUGUUCCGAUUGUUGUGCGACGGAAAAAGCCCGUCGGAAACCGAGCUCGGGCCCGACGGCCCGAAACUAGUCGACUUGUGGCUCUUCGCGCAACUCGCGCCGCUCGUCAAACUCGGGUUGAAGUUUGUCCCGAGCUUCCUCGAGGACCUAAUCCUCCACACGUUCCCGAUCCCGUUCGCGCUCGUGAAAAACGGCUACGCGAAGCUCUACCGAGCAUUCCGAGACUCGGCGGGCCCGCUCCUCGACGAGGCCGAGAAAUUAGGGUUCGGGCGAGACGAGGCAUGCCACAACCUCGUUUUUCUCGCCGGUUUCAACGCGUACGGAGGGAUGAAGGCUCUAUUCCCGAUUUUAAUCAAGUGGGUCGGCAGCGCGGGGGAAGCCCUGCACCGACAGUUGCGGGCCGAGAUACGGGCCGUGUUCGAACCGAACGGGCCCGUAACCCUAACGGGCCUCGACCAGUUGGUGCUCACGAAAUCGGUGGUUUAUGAGGCGUUGAGGCUCGACCCGCCCGUGCCGUAUCAGUAUGGGCGGGCGAAGUGCGACUUUGAUGUUCGGAGCCACGACUCGAGUUUCGAGGUGAAGAAAGGGGAGAUGUUGUUCGGGUACCAACCGUUUGCGACUCGGGACCCGAGGGUUUUCGAACGCGCGGACGAGUUUUGGGCGGAGAGGUUCGUGGGGGAUGGGGAGAGGUUGUUGGAGUACGUUUAUUGGUCGAAUGGGCCGGAGACGGAGGAUCCAGCGGUCGGAAACAAGCAAUGUCCCGGGAAGGGUAUGGUGGUAAUUUUGUGCAGGUUGAUGUUGGUGGAGUUUUUCUUGAGGUAUGAUACGUUUGAGGUUGAGGUUGGGAGGAAGAUGUUGGGUUGGGAUGUGAAGUUCAAAUCUUUGACUAGGGCUAGUGAUUGA